AUGCAUCUAGAAAUCGCGGCUGCCGUCAACUUCCUCAUUAAGAUCUUGAGUCUGAGGAAACGCAUGAAGACUGACCAGCUAGAGACUCUAGGAACGCAUCUCUCAAGUCUGCUGAGCGACCGAUACAGAGGACACUGGUACCCAGACGCACCCAGCAGGGGCCAAGCAUACAGGUGCAUUCGCAUCAACUCCUGGCAGUAUGUUGAUGAAUCUCUCCUGAAGGCCUGUGCGCAAUGCAAUCUCGAAUACACAAAACUGGGUCUCCCAGAGGAGAUAACGCUCUGGAUUGAUCCAUAUGAGGUUUGUGGAAGGUUUGGAGAGCAUACAAAGUACUUCACGAUAGCGAAAUUCCCAAAGGAAGUGGUGGUCAGAGAACCGGUUCAAACGAUCAUAGAAAGGGAGACCUCCGAUUACUCCUCAGGAAGUGUCUCCUCUGGGUCGGUUUCAGAAAGCUCUUCUGACGACGAGAUAACGAGCAAGGACGACAAUACCGGCAUCCAAUCUACCCAAGACUCUGACGCACCCAGACGGCUCUGGACCUCCAAUAUUGAGGCAACUCACAGAAAGAGCAAAGGUUUCUUUGGUCAAGGUGUGAAUGAAGAUCUUAGAAAGAAUUGGUGGGGGGUUGAUUCUAGUCAACGGGAAGCCUUCUCAAAUGGAGAGCCCACGCACUCGUCCUUUGGUGUCCAAACGCUUCCAUGAAGGACCUGUCUUCAAAAAGGCUUAUCUUCUAAAUGACUGCAUAGAGGUGUAACCUUCUGAAAAUAAUGUGCACUUAACCAGGAAUGAAGCC